AUGGUGUGGCCAUGUAUAUUUCUGUUGAUGGUGUUUUACGGUGAGGCAACGGUUUGUGGCGUUCCGAAAAUUAACUCUUCCGAGCUGAGCUCCAACGAGGAAGGGGGAACCUAUCCCGGGCAGUGGCCGUGGCACGUGGCCAUUUACCAGAGGCGUAAAAACCAAUCAUUCCUAGCGUACAAGGCAGGAGGUACGCUUAUCAGCUCGAAGUUUGUGCUGACCGCCGGUGUCUGCGGUUUGUCCGAGGAUGAUCGUCACUACAUGUCUCCUUCAGCGCACUACAUCCGCGUUGGAAUACAUAAUCUAAACGUUCUGAGCUUGGGCACUGGCCAGUAUCGAAGAGUUGAACGGUUUCAUUAUCCCUAUCAUUGGAACAAAAUGAAGGCAGUUAUGAUAAACCUGGUGGAAUUACGUCGCGAAGUACAGUUUAAUGAUCUGGUUCAGCCAGUUUGCAUUUUUUACAAUCAGGUAUCUUCUCGAAUCAAGUCUGGAACGGUUGUCGGAUGGGGUCCGACCAAGAACGAUCAUGAAGCGGUGCAGAUAAGCCGCCAGCUCAGCGUACAUGACGACGAUUGCUUGAAGCUCGGCGGACCCUACAACGCAAUCAGAAAUAUUUCACUAUUCUGCGUAGGAUCACCAAACGGAACUGAUGUGUGUAAAGGUGACGAAGGAAAUGGCAUUUUCGUACAGAUAAGAGGAGUUUGGUACGUAACGGGAAUGAUAUCUCACAUUCCUCAAGCAGAAACGACGGAUCAAUGUCGAACGGAUGGUUACGCAGGUGUAACCAAGAUUUUCAGCUUCCUUAAGUGGAUCAGUAGUACUACCAAUCUAACAGGCCUAGCGAAUGAAACCCCCAUCGUAAAUGGCACGCAGGUGGAUCCAACGCAACAAUAUCAAAAUCUUUUGCCUCGCCAGUGUGGGAGUUUCAUCUGGGAUGGAGUUAUCAAUGGUCAAACCGCUCCACUUUUUGCGUAUCCGUGGAUGGCCCUGCUGGCUCGUCGAGACCUUCUGUCGAGGGAUGCAAUCGAACGUGUUUGUGACGGAUCGCUGAUCAGCAACCGUUACGUACUAACGAACUCUCGAUGCACUGCUGUGAAGGAACCACCUGAACUUGUUCGACUGGGAGAACACACCAUGGGUCAGGACAUCGAUUGCAACGCAAACGACGACACCGACUGUGCUCCUCCUGUUAGAGAUUAUCCAAUACAAUUUAUCGUAACGCAUCAGAACGAACACAUGGGCGACAGCAUCGCCUUGGUUCGACUCAACCAAGAUGUCACGUUCGAAGACCACAUCCAACCCAUCUGCCUUGCGGUGACCCCGGAACUGCGUGCGCUCCAGCUGGACCAGUUCAUCGUCACCGGUUGGGGCUCGUCCGCCGGAACCCUGCGGCAGGCCACGCUCGAAUCCACGACAUCAUGUGUCGAAGCCCACGAAGGGUCCCCAGUGGGUUACCCCGUUCGGCACCGCGGCGUCCGGUUCGUACAGUUUGGGGUGAUGAUUGGCUGUGAGCGGGGACUGCCGGUGUACGCCAACGUGUCGCGCCUCAUGGACUGGAUCGUCGUCAACACGGAUGAAAGCAACACGAAAUCGGCCCCGCCGAAGCCUGAGCGUGUUGGCAUUCUCUGCUGCAAGCAGGGGCUGAACGUCGCGGAGAAUCAGUGAUGUCCCUUAAAAACUUCGUGACCUGAACCAAGAAAUUGGGAAUAUGUGAGCUGUCAUGGUAAACUGCACAGAAUCUUUACUGAAAGUCUAACACCGUGAUUCACUUCUAACAUUUCAACACAUUAAAACUACAGACUGUCUAGGGGAAACAGACUGGCCGAUGCAAAAUAAAUAGGCACUGGCAACGUAUGUGUUGUGCUUGCAACACUGCCAGUUUUGCUGGGCGUAAAGGGCGGUUGGUGUCCAGCGCGUUUGGAUCUGUCAAACAUUGGCCAAACUGUUUCCUAGAAAAACUGUAAAUAAAACCUCCUUCAAAUAAUGAUUGCAAAGGAAAUUCAUAGCAGAAAGGAUGAAAACACAAAUAACUCUAUAAAAAUUGAUGUCAUUUUCUGUUUUACGAUUUUUUGACAGUCCAACCUUCAAAACAGUGCAGACGCCAAGUACUUUGUCACGAACGAGAGAGCCGAGCACCACCAUCAUCGCUCUCAAAAGCUCUCUUUCUCACUCCCCCACUCACAAAGCUUGCCAUG